CGAAGCAAGAGUUGCAAGUCAUCCCGUGAUGUCUGAGAAAACAGAGGAGACGACGCGCUCUCUUGGACGCCAUGACUUGCUGACAUACACCCGAGCGCGAUGGCUCACGAAAUUAUGGCGAUGAGUCCUAGCAGGAUAGAACCGCUGAAGACGAAGCGUUCGGAUGGAGGGCAAGACCUCUGCUCAGGCUCAGAGCCGGUUUUCCCUAGAGAGCGCUCUGCCAGCCAUGCGGAGAAGAGUAAGUAAGCUGUCUCCCAUCGGUUCGCAGACUCCAGACCCUGUGAGCACCAGACUGCAGCCGAUCCAUGCAGUGAAGCGAAGCGUCAAGCCGCAGUCGGAUGCAGAUGAGGACAAGAACGAUGCUCGGUCGGGGGUUGAAAUUGCGGUGCCAUGGAAUUGGGUGCAGAACGACGGCAAGCGGGACCUGAGGAUUUCAGCGAUCAGAAACCGCGAAAACAAGAAGCUGCUCCAGCAAUCUCAGAGAGAGAUCCAGCGACAGCGAGAGCUGAUAGCAAAGCUUCGAUCCGAGAACUCCUUGCUGAGGGCACAACAGCAGGAGCUCUUGAAGAAUCAGGAUGACAAGACCAACACCAAGUCUGAGGCAGACGCGCGCGAGUACUGGAUGAACCUCAAGUUUGCGGUCGAAGAAGAGAUCGAGAAGGACCUGCAAACUCUCAACGCGAUCAAGAAGCAGUUUCGCUCUCUGACGCAUCAGGUCGCGGCAAGGCAAGGACAGUCAAAAGAAGCGACGUCAGGACUUCGUUUCGUCAAGAUUUCCAACCGAUUAGAGGAGAAUCUGCACUUUACUUUAACGAAAUGUGACGAGGAAAAUUCCGAGGUUUCGAAACUUAAACUGGACAUGGAGGAGCUAAAGCGCGAGAAAGAAUAUCUUGACUUGAAAAUUACUUCAAGGCAAAAGACGAUUGAGGGCAGAAACAAGGAAGCAGUCAAACUCAUCAAUAUCGCAAACAAGUUUUACAAAGAAAGAAGUCACUAUCAGCUCUUAGCCAGCGAAAGGAUCGCAGAAGCUGGUCUCGAAGCUGAAGAACAUCGGGCAAAGAUGCAGGACCUUGCAAACAGGAUGGAGUAUUACAAUCAGCUGAUCACGGAGAGGCAAGAAACAUAUCAAAGAGAAUUGUUGGAGGCACAGGCUCGGGCUAGCAACAUGAACGACGAUGCCGAAGAGGUGCGGGAAAUGAUGCAGAAAAGGAAACAAGAGUUCGUGGAAGCGUUCGACAAGCUGAUGCAUAGCUCGAGCGUUUGGGAUAUCCAAGAACUGCUCAGCAAGUUUCUUGCCAAAGAGGAGCAGAUAUCUCGGAGCAGGAAGUAUCUAGAAGCCUUGAAGAACGAUGCUGAUACCAUCCGAGAAGAAACAGCGACGUUGAUACACGACGCUCAGACAAUGCAGGAGGAGGGAGAAUUGCGACGUCACAAGUCUCAUCCGCUAAGCAGAGAAAUCUCCAGCACAGAGACUAGAUCCGAUGAGUACGAGAAGAAAAUCCAAGGACAAGCAGAGACCAUCCGCAAACUGUCGAUGAUACUUCUACGGGUCAAGUCACGGAUGUCACGUUGUCCUCCUCUUGAAAGGUUCAAAGAGGCAAGAAAGAGAUGGGACCUGGUGAGGUCAAACUUGUGGAGAAUCUCAAGGAUGAAAGAGAAAUCGGGCUCUGAGAGGAUUCAUACAGUGACUUCAACGAACACUCCCAAGUAUGACCCGAGAAGAAAGACCAUCUAUGAAGAACUCUUCGACCUCGACGAGGCUCAGCAAGGGCUCAACCUCAUCAAUGACCUCCAAAAUGUUGAAAUGCAAUCGCUGCGGCUGCUCACCAUCGCUCAGAGGUUGAAGUUCAUCCCGCAGUCUCUCAUCGCGCCAUCCCCGCGGGUCGACAAGAGCUCGCAGAAGCUCCGGGGGGCCUGGAAGGCCGGAGUCAAGGCCAUGCUCCGGUCCCCCCACCAUCCCACGGGCCGUCGAGGCUCACAAGAGAUCAACGUCGAGGGCCUCCGACGAUCUCCAAGACGCUCAAUCGGGCGGGUGGAGUCGAAGAUGGACAAGGAGAUCAACUUCAUCACAGGCCCCAAGUUCGACGUCCAGAGCAAGAGGAACAAGAUUCAGAUCCCGACGUAUCCGACGCUCAAGGACAUCGACACCCCGCGGGAUUCAACGUUUGCGAUGACGUCGGAGGAGGUCAAGCGUUAUGUCAUGGAGGUUGGCUACUCUGAGCGCGUCGUCGAGAAGAUCAAGAGGAUCCAGCAGAAGCGCGCGAAUCAAGUCGAAGUCGGUGCCCACCCGCCGCACGUCGAGCACGCUGAGUGACAGCGAGGACUCAAGAUGUAAAUAUUCGGUGUUUUCAUACAGAUGUGUAUAUGGCUUAUGAAUAUUCGGUGUAUUCAUACAGAUGUGUAUGGCUUGUGAAUAUUCGGUGUUUUCAUACAGAUGUGUAUAUGGCUUUAUCUCGGAUGUUGCUAUGCAAAGAAGAAAGGAUACAGGGUUGUCAGGGAGACUAAAAGAAUAAGUUAAAUAUUGCGGCUGAG